CUUGUUCCGAAUAGGGAAAAAAAUGGGCGAAGUUCGCAGUCCGCCUCCGAUCCUCGAUUUCUCCGUCUUCUACGGAAACGACGCAGAAGCCAAGGCCAAGCUGAUCAAGGACGUGCGCAAUUGCUGCCUCUACAAUGGCUUUUUCCAGAUCACCGGACACAAGAUCCCGCGGGAGCUGCAAGAGCAGGUCUUUGCAUGCUCCAAGCGGUUCUUCACCAUGCCCCUGGAAGAAAAGAACAAGAUCAGCAAGACCAAAAACACAUGGAACAGAGGCUACGAGCUCGUAGGCUCCCAGAUCCUCGAAGCCGGGACCAGCCCAGAACUGAAGGAGGGAUUAUACAUCGGCGAGGAGAUCCCCAAGGACCACCCGUACUUCGUCGAGAAGAAGCUGAACAGUGGACCCAACUUCUGGCCGGAGACGGUCGAGAACCCAGAGGAAUUCCGAGAGACGACGAUGGAAUACUACCACGCCGUCUUCGACCUCGCCAAGGACGUGCUGAAGCUGAUUGCCCUGACGCUGGGUACGGAUGAGGGGUACUUUGACGACUUCGCCACGGAUGCAGUGGCGACGAUGCGGUAUCUACACUAUCCUCCCCAGCCCAAGGAUUCCGAUGAGAAGCUCAGCCGGGGCAUCGGGGCGCACACGGACUUCGGGGCGAUUACCCUGCUGCUCCAGGGGGACGUGGAUGGUCUGCAGGUGCUCGACGGUCCUUCGGGAGAAUGGUUUGACGUCGAACCCGUCCCCGGCGCAUACGUGGUCAACCUGGGCAACCUCUUCAUGCGCUGGUCCAACGACGUCUACAAAUCCAACAUCCACCGGGUGAUCAACAAGUCCGGACAGGAGCGGUACUCCAUUCCCUUCUUCUUCAGCGGGAAACCCGAUUACGUGUGCGAGUGCCUGCCCAACUGCUGCGCAGAGGGCGAGAGUCCCAAGUACCCGAGCACGACCGUCACGGAAAUGGUCACUAGCGGCUACCGCGAGAGCUACGGACGGGCAGAGAAGUACAAGGCCGAGUUUGAGAAGAAACAGGCGCAGGCGGCGACUCCGCUGGUUUCGCAGGCGGCUUGAUCCUAUCUUGAUUUCUUGGUCAAUUGAGCAUUAAUAAUGGAUUGGAUUCCUAUCAGUAAUACCAUACCGUAUCC